UGACAACUAAUGAUAAAUAAAUAUACACAAAGGGUGAGACAUAAUUCAAAGGAGGGAAACAAAUUAUAACGUUUUAUAAAUAGUUUAUAGUUUAAUUCUUUUUAAAUACAUUAAAUUUUACACAUUUUCCAGUUAAGCCUAAAAAACAGGUCAAGUACUUUCAAGGUUUCGCAUAUUACAAUGUCCGGAGAUUUUAAUUCAUUGUGGGAUUCCAUAGACCUAACAAAAGAUGAAGAAGACAGCAAUGAUUCUGUUAUAACAUCAGAAGUUUAUAAUUCUCCAAACCAUUGUUUUGAAAGAGCACCCCCACCACUAGUACCUAUUCCGACGAAGGUCUCUGUUCCUAUUACUGGGAGGAAUAAAAAACUUCCUAAACUUACAAGGAUAAUAUAUAAAGAUGAUCCCUAUGAACAUGUGGAACCAGAGACAUUUAUGGUUAACAAGACUUCUUCAAGUAUAGUUUCUCCUCAAUCUACCAAGUUAGUUCAGUUAGUUAAUGGCAGUAGAAUAUAUAAAAUCAAUAUUCCCCACAAUGUUAUUAUGGCACAAGGUAAAGGUCCAGUGUUUAUGAACAUACCUGGAGUUGGAUCAAUGCAGUUGAAAUUGGACCCAGCAUUUAAAAAUCCAGGUCUUGACAGCCCAGUCACUCAUGUACAACCUCCUUCCCUACAGCCUAUAUCUGCAAUCAUCUCAACACAGGGUGAAAAACAAGAAAAUGUAUUUAUUAAUGAGACUUUGUACAAAAAUUGUUUGGUCCCUUUGACAGCCAGAGCUCAGCCUAAAAACAGUCGUCGUUUAUCACCUAAAAAGAGCAAAGAAGAGAAUCAACUUUUCAUUGGAUUCCCAAAAAAUGACUGUAAUACCAGUGAUAAAUACCUUAGACGAUUGAACAAUAUUGUAGAUCAGUAUAAAACAAAAUUACAAAAGGAAAUGCAAUAUUUUAGUAAAUUAACCAAAAGUGUGUGUAAAAGAAAUGACAACAAAAAUUUUAAACAACAACCUGAUAACUUUGACGAUUUACUAAUCACAAAGAAAGUAGUAAUUCUUAGGAAUACAAAGAAGAAACGAGAUCGUCCUAGAAAUAGUCUAAAGAAACAACACCAUAUAUUAUCUGCAGCAUUCACAAGUACCAAACCAAUUAAAGUUGAAAAUUGGUGCAAGGAUGUGAUAAAACCUUGUUCUACAACUAUUGUAGAUAUGACACAAUUGGAUAACAGUACUUUUGCUAGAAAAAGGGCAUUAAUCAGAGAUCCUAAUGUUUUAGAUUAUCAUCAAAAACAGUUUGAAAAGCGCAUUAUCAAAACCAGGAAGGGAUUCAGUGAUAACAUACAGUUUACAAAACCUCUUUUACUUGUAAAUGCUUAUAACUAUUCUAUGGUUUUAAGUUUUAAAACUGUGUACCCUAAAACGAAUGUUGUGUAUCUUAUGGACGAGUCAUACCAAUUUCCAAAGGAGGUUUUGCAAAAUGUAAAAUUUCUUGAUGCUGUGAUCAGUGGUUAUAUAAAAAUUAUCGAUUCUGAAAUUUUAAAUAACUUUAUUAAGCAAGAAACUGGUUAGUGACUGGUAUUUGUUGUAUUUUUAAACGGAGGCCUUGUAUACAUUUUGUUUGACAAAUCAAAAGUACAAAAGUUGUAAGUAUUGCAGAAUCGAACAAAAUAGGAGUUAGACAUUUAAAGGGUCAAAUUAUUUCUUUUUUCAUUCAGAGCAGAUCAUGACUAUAAAGGGGGGAGCUAAGAUUGCUAUGCUUUCAAUAUUAGCAGAACAUGAGGUGAAUUGUUUGUUCUAUUCUGUUUACGGCACAACUACGCAAGAGGUCUUUCAUGAAGCAAACUCGAGAUUUCCUCUGUCCAGUAUCGGAAAUUUUUCCCUAGAAAUAUGCAAAAUUGUGUUUUAAGAGUUUCUAAUAUGGGGAAAACUUUUGCAUUUUAAUAUUUGUUGCCAAAGUAUAUGGAGUUUAUACUUGUUAAAACUGGAGAUCUUUUGUUAUUUUUGGUCUCAAUUUCUGUAUAAUAAAAAAAGUUUUUCGUUUGUAUUGAUUGAUGUAUUAUUUUUAUAAUAAAUACACUAUGUUAUUAAC